CUAAAGCCCAGCUGUUGGAGCACGUCGCAACCGUUCCCACUUCGUGUUCCCAGCGACGGUGACUCGGGCGGCCACGAGCAGGAACCCUAGAUCUGCCGCCCGCCCGCCCACCCCUUCGUCCCCGCCGACGGCCUGGGUCCUGAUCGGGUCCCGCAUUGCCGAUCGACGGUGGCUUCUUCUUUGCCCGUAUCGCGAUCUCGGGAGCGAUCGGAAGCCCCGGCGCUUGGAUCUGGACGCCGUGGGUGCGUUUGAGCUUCAGCCGUGGCGCGGCGGGCGGGGGAUCGUAAUGCGUCCGGGGAUCUGAAAGUUGGGUUGAUUGCCGGUUUUGGAGUGUUUCGGUAGUCGUAGCAGCGAUUGCUGGCAUCUUUUCCUGGAUUAAGGAGGCUCGUUGUUUGAUUCUUGCGUCUGAAGGGUCGAUCUGGGUUGGUGUUGGUGAAUCCCAUUGAGACGGAGUUCCGGUUUGCGAUAUGGAUUUGACUGAUAUUAGUGAGGAGCUGGCUCAUAUCGAGGGGCAGAUCAGCGAUAUCUUUCGGGCUUUAUCAAAUGGAUUUCAGAAACUGGAGAAGAUCAAGGACUCGAAUAGACGGAGUAGGCAGUUAGAAGAACUGACUGGCAAGCUGAGGGAAUGCAAGAGGCUUAUCAAAGAGUUUGAAAGAGUCAUGAAGGAAGAGGAGAUUAGAAAUACUCAUGAUACAAACAAGAGGCUGAAUGAGAAAAAACAAUCAAUGAUUAAAGAACUGAAUUCUUAUGUUGCUCUGAAGAAGCAGCAUGCAAGUGAAAAUAAACGACUUGAUCUCUUUGAUGGUCCUGAUGGUGGAGAUGUGUUUGCUGAAGAAAAUGUUCUAUUGGCAUCAUCUAUGACCAAUCAGCAGUUAAUGGACAAUGGAAACCGAAUGAUGGACGAAACAGACCAGGCUAUUGAACGGUCAAAGAAGGUUGUUGAAGAAACUGUCAAUGUUGGAGCAGAGACAGCAGCUUCUCUGAAGGCACAGACCGAGCAAAUGAGUAGAAUUGUGAAUGAACUGGAUUCGAUCCAUUUUUCAAUUAAGAAAGCAUCUCAACUGGUGAAGGAAAUUGGCAGACAGGUUGCAACUGAUCGAUGUAUAAUGGGAAUGCUUUUCCUGAUCGUGAUUGGAGUUAUAACCAUCAUAAUAGUGAAGCUUGUGCAUCCAAAUAAUAAAGACAUUCGGGAUAUUCCUGGACUUGCUCCUCCAGCCAACCGGAAGCUUCUUUGAUGUCUGUGUGGCCGUUGUGAGUUAGUACUUCGACACUCAAUUUCUCCUGUUAGUGUUCCAUUAUCUACUUGGUGCAAUCGUUAGGUGCAUUCCUCUAUCUUAUUUGUUGGAUUUGCUACAACCAUUUCCAAUUCUCUCUAUUGUUUCAUAAUGGUGUAAUUUAGUAAUACAACAUUUAGUUGACAGAACAGCAUGUAUAAUUGUCUAAAAGGUGUAUACUUAUCCUUUCAAAAUCUCAAAUAGUUUUCUGUAA